UGUGGAGAGCCGCACGGGAUUGGAUGGAUUAUUAAUCACUUCCCGAGGCCACAAGGUCAAACAACCGAGAGGUCAUGUGACCUCGUGUCAACCUGGAGGCCAACAACGGUCGAUACGCAGACAAGGAACUGGAGGAUAAGGAGAAUAAUAGACGGCCAAGUGCGAAGGACUGUCCGGAAGUUGGGAUUUUCUCGAACGGUAUCACAUUGGAUACAGGUGGUAGGAUUCGCCUUGACAAUUGACAAUCGACAGACUUCCUAGCAAUCCGCUAUUGCGCUCUCGUCACACAACUGCCAGCACCACCGACCGUCUAACGUUUUGUUGGCAAUAUUGGUCUCGUUUAUGAUAUGAUGGAGACGAUUGUAUAAUGUCCGUGCCCUCAUAUCCUCCCAUGGCCAAUCUUGACCGGGGUGGCCUCCAACCACCCCCGCCAGGCCAUCGGCGCUCUCGCGGCGGCUAUGUUCCACAUGGCCAGAAGUCGCUCUCGAUGACCCAUCCAGGGUCCCUUGCCCCUUCGUCUAGCAACUUAUCGGCCCAUUCAAACUUGCAACACCAUGUGAGCGACUCUGUCGUAGAGCCGACAACCCAUUCGCUUGUCAGACAUGCUCGUCAUUACUCGGAAGGACCCUCGGGCUCAUCAAAUAUUUCGAACGAUGUAUCUGCGCGGGCCGAUAGCUGUGAUAUGGUCAAUGGAAAUGGCAGUCCAUCGCCGGGGUUUUCGUUGGGUGCUUCGACCGCUACAAUGCGCGGGGAUAGGCGUUUCAUGUCUGAGAGUUCAGAACAAUCAGCCACUCUCUUGAGCAAGCUUUUUGCGAGUGAAAUCUUUGCCGGUAUACUAGUCUCGGUUCCAUACCUGAUAUUUUCAGCGUUCAUGGCUACAUAUUACUCAACCCACGACUCCGGAGGAGAGUUCCGCGACGAGUCUGUAGAAUCUGGCCAGGCACCCCCUCUUUCUCCAAAGAGGAGAGAGUUUCUCAGCACUUGUGCAUUGACCUCGAUAACGAUGCUGAUAAUGGGCCUCCAUACUGAGCUGCGAAUGAAAAACCAGUUGCGUCUCCUGAGUGACCCUACAGCCAAAGCGAAAUCAGCUGGUGGGACUAUACCGACCGUCCGGCAUACUAUCCUUAUGACGAUAUCCAUAGGCCUGCCAUUUUAUGCUUCUCUGCUUCUUGAUCAUGGCAGGGUCGUUAUCGUCAUGCUACUCUUGCUAGUCUCCAGAUUGGCCCCAAUUAUUCAGCUUGAUCAUGACAGCUAUGAGCAGAAACAAUCCCGAUUCCAUUUAACACAACGCAAAGGGACAGCUUGUUUCCUGCUUGGAAUGAUGGUUCUCGACACCGCGGGAUUCACAACAUCCAUUGACUGGCGGCUGGUUCUCAGAGGAUAUCUUGCACUUUUGCUCUCAGUAUUUAUUAUCCAGCCUCCUUUUGCAAAACCACAAAAUCGUCCUUCAAUAGUUCAUUCCAAGGGGCCAACUUACGAGCCCGCGGUUUCUGAUUCUGCCCCUCCAGUCCAAAGUAGCCUAUUGCCGGAAUCAAGAGCCGCCGCUGCAGGCUCCAAUCUAUAUUUCCGAGUUGGCAGCAUUUUAGCAGUUUCCUGCUUCCUCAUUGGUUAUGUAACUGGCGGUAUCCAUAUCACCCUAGCGGCCUUAGUGAUUACAUUGAUAACUGCGUUGCUCUCAGCUAUAUCCUUUCUAUAUAUCGAGCGGUCAACAUUCCAAAGUAAACAUCAACUAGCCUUUAUUGCAGGAUCCGGUUCCACUAUUAUGGUUAACGCUGUUAUAUCCCACAUGGAAGUUUUAGAAAUUGCACUAGCAUGCUCUUUCAUUGUUGUUGGCUAUAUUUUAGUUCACCUAGAUCUUAGGGCAGCACAACAAGAUGUCCAUGGCCAUUCUCAUGCUGUGCACGGACAUGGACAUCAUGGGCAUCACCAUGCUGACCACCACAAAAGUGAGACCGGUCCGACUCGAGUAACCAGAUGGCUUUUGAAGUCGUUUGACCAUUGGCCUUUCAUAUAUGGGAUCCUUAAAGAAAAAGACUCGCGGAGAAUAUUCUAUUUCAUGUGCCUUAAUUUUGGAUUCAUGCUUGUUCAACUAUCUUAUGGAAUCUUAACCGGCUCGCUGGGCUUGCUUAGCGAUAGCAUUCACAUGUUAUUUGACUGUUUCGCACUCGCAGUAGGCCUUUCUGCCGCUGUGAUGAGUAAAUGGCCGCCAAGUGUAAGAUUUCCAUACGGAUACGGGAAGGUAGAUACGUUGGCUGGCUUUGCCAAUGGCGUGUUUCUCAUGAUUAUUAGUAUUGAGAUUGUCUAUGAGGCCGUCGAAAGGCUCAUGUCUGGAAGCGAGGUCCAGAGGAUAGGGGAGCUUCUUUUCGUCGGCGCUGCUGGGCUGGCAGUCAACAUGGUGGGAAUAAUGGCGUUUGACCACGGCCACCACCAUGGACACUCUCACUCCCACGGUGGCCAUGACCACGGCCAUUCACACUCAAACGAAAACAUGCAUGGGAUUUUCCUCCACAUCUUAGCCGAUACCCUUGGGUCCGUUGCAGUGGUUCUGUCGACAAUCCUCGUGCAUUUUUACAAGUGGUCUGGAUUCGACCCAAUUGCCUCAUGUCUAAUAGCCAUUCUCAUUUUUGUCUCUGCCAUACCACUGGUGGCUAGCACGUCGAAAACCUUACUGCUCGCCCUCCCCGCGGAUGUUGAAUACGGGCUACGCGAUGCCUUAGCUGGUGUCAGCACCCUGCGUGGCGUGGUUGGAUAUUCCGUUCCGAAAUUCUGGUUAGACGAUACCGUUCACGAUCAUCAGCAUAAACAUGACCACCACGGCCACCAUCACGGCCACCAUCAUGGCCACGACCAUAGCCAUCAUUCCCACACCCAUCCCCACGAUGACAACCACUGUAAUGGCGACAAGCAUUCCCACGAACACGCCCACGGGCAUGGCGGGUCCGGCCAACGAAUACUGGGAGUGAUGCAUGUGAUUGCGUCUCGCGGGGCGGAUAUGGAGGACGUCCGGCGUCGGACGAUCAGCUACCUAAGCGAACAGGGCAUAAAUAUCCUAGUUCAGGUAGAGCGCGAGGGCGAGAACCGGUGUUGGUGUGGCACUGGGAAUAUGCCGAUGAAUUGAUAUGCUUUCGUGUAACAACUACGGAUGUAUGUACGUGUGGGAUGCUAUAUUUCGAGGCAUAUAUGUUUUCCUUUUUCCUGUCCCUUUUUUUUCCCUUCUCACUGUUGAUUUUAUUUGCCUUGUUUCUUUCCUGCAUUGUAUUCUCUGGUUUUGAUCUUUCCAUUCAUAAGUUUUUGAAGAUUUUUAUAGUCCUCUGAGGAUACCCCCAAAUUCUCCGCUGCCAUCAACAGCAUUAUAUACACUCAUAUUUAUAUUUUACUUUGUUCUAGCUAUCUGUGAUAGUGAUAACAAUGACGACAAUAAUAACUUGAAUGAUCUGCAAGUGGAGUAAUUGAAGUAAGAUUUAAGAACUGAAGAAACAACUUUGACAUACUAGGCUUUGAAAUCUAAGAAAUAUCAAAGAACAGGCAAUUUAUUUGUGUGUGCAAGAUUUGUGUUUGCAGUUUGGAAUAUUAAAUUAUCAUUGAAUGCUCACAAAUAUAU